CUCCUUCUGUCAGUAGACAAUUGGCAACAGCUGAUUGUGGUGGUUAUUAUCACUGAUGCUACUAGGCCUCCCCCCCCCUCCCUGUCCCCUUGGUCUUGGGUAACCAUCCCAUGUGACGUGUUGGUUUCUGAAUCUCGACGACUAAAUUGAGGGUACGAUGUGUUUCACGGAUAGACUGGCUGAUCUUGCCAAUAACUCGGGAAGCCAUUUUGCUCUCGUAACUGAAAUGAGUGAAGUGAUCCGGUUGAAGUCGAUGAAGACCAUUAUGGAACUGCCAAUUGAGGCCGUGGCCUCGUCACCUUUAACCUCGUGUUGUGUGACCGGCGGAGUGAGUUAGCAGUCCGCACAAAUCCUCAUUCUGUACUGCCAGUGGAGUAUCCGUCGCCCCUGAAUCUUCAAUAAGCUCGGACGAGUAACUGUAAUCGUUUGUUCAAGCCUUACACCAAUGUGCUGGUAAAAUGUGUGUUCAUUAUAUUACGAGUUUAACCCAGUGACUUGAUUCAGUGCGAAAAUCUUGAGAACAUUGCCAUUGGCGAACUCCUCAGAGCAUUGAUUUCAUUUUCCGGUGUCCAAGCAUUGAAACACAUUCUGCUUCAAGAACGACGACAACAACAACAACAACAACAACAACGACAACAACAACAACAACAACAACAACAAAUACAUUUCCCUGUGCACAGAGUGUCCUUUCAUCGUAAAGUGCAGGCUCUCUCUCUGGCAGCAGUCUUUUUUUUUCCUGGCCUUACAACAAACAGCCUUGUCGUGGCAUCGAAACCUAGCUUAUCGACGAGGACGAAGCAAUCACGUUCGUUUUGCUUUGCCUCUCCUCGAAAACAGUACAGUGUAGACUUGAACAUCCUCGAAGCUCAGUCGAUCCAACCGGCGUAGCGCACGCUGCCACUGCUUGUGGUGCAACUGCCGUGUCUUGUCUUUUGGCAAUUUGAUCCCUUUUGCCUUGAUCUCAUUUGAAGUGGGGAUGAUGAUGAUGCUGCCAUCCUCAUCAUCAUCGUCGUCGUCGUCGUCGUCGUCGUCGACGCCAUCGUCUUCCACGACGUCUUCCCCCUCCUCAAUGAUUGCCAGCCCCGGGGGUUCAAGCGUGUCCAAGCGCUUGGCCAAGCGGUCCAUCCUGGGAACCAGGGUGGUGGCCCCGGGUGAUGAUGGUAAGCUCUACCCGGGCAUCAUUCAAGCCAUGAAGACUUGCGAAGACAGGCUCGGCCAGAACCGAUACUCUGUCAAAUUUGACGACACUCGACGUGUGAAGGAGUUCCGAGAGACCGAGAUUGUGGGACCUGGCUUUCAAAAUGUGACCAGCUCCAAGCUGCGCUCCGGACAAAUUGUGUAUGUGACCCACUGCAAUCGUGAAAUGCAAGGAGCCGUGGUCCAUCACCGACCAAACAUCGACCAAGUCAUCAUACAACUCCUGAACGGUGGGCCUGAGGUGAAGAAGAAGCUGGAAGAGGUCCGGCUUUUGGAGUCGAGGAAAUCGGCCAGAUUAAUUGGCCAUGGUGCUAACACGGAUUUCUCGAAAUUGGCCGAUUUCAAUAUUGUACAUGAGCGUAAAAGACUGAACUCGGAGACGAACUCUGACAUCUCAGGGGCAAGUUGCCGCAAACGGAGAGGCUCCGAGACGUUAUCUGACUCCUCCGGGGAUGAAUUUCAUAGCGGUAUGUGGAGCUCGUGCUCGGAUGACCGAAGUACAACCCCAAUCAUGUCAGAGUGCACGGCAGCCAUGGUCCUGAUGAACCUCUCGUACAGUCCCCGUUGGCUUGAAAUGGCCCCAGCCAACCCCAUGGGUAACCAUCCGGAGUCUGCCAACCACGAGAACAGAGAUUCGCGCAUGACCACACCCUGUUCCUCCCCAGUGAAUAUGACCAUGGCGGCCUCCGCGGCCAGUCCGCUCACCACGCACUUCUCCGAUUUGGCCUCGGUGGCGGCCAAUGUCAUGAUUGACGGAUCGGUGUCACCCUCGAGUUCCGGGAUCUCAUCUUUAGGCUCGUCCUGGACAUCCACGCCCAACUUGACUGAGGCUGAGGCCUUGCUCCAACUGUCCAAUCAGGAGUCAGACGAGGGUAUCGUCUCAGACCAAUCCUCGUCUGCGGAUCCUUACGACGAUGCCAACAAACGAUUGAAGACUGAACACUCGCAAAUCAUAUACAAAUGCACUUGGCCAAACUGCGAGACCGCGAUGAAUACCCAAAGCGAGAUUGAGCGACACAUUCGACGACAUCACUUAAAGAAACCUGACCCAAAGUCAGAGGAAGAGCGUGACCAUGAAGAAGACUUCUAUUACGAGGAGAUCCAGGUUCCAUGCCAUUCUCAAUUGAUAUCGAAAUGCGGCAGUCCGUCGGCAGUCCGUCCUAGUCAGUUCCCAUUGGUCCACCAUGGUACAACCCCCCUCACAAGCCAUCGAAUCCAAGGUCAAACCUCUUCGGGGCGUGCCAUCACUGUUUUAAGCAAGGUCGGAGGGCGAUCCAUCCAUGUCUUGGCCGACCAUAUCGACAUGGCGAGGCCCCCUCAUGAGAACCCUGAGUACAACCAACUGCGGGGUGGUCUGCUGGCACAAGGCACCAAUGUAACCUUAAUUCAACACCCUUCGAGCCAUCACCAUCGUCACCAACUAUUAUAACAACAACCGCAACAACCACAACCAUAUCCAAGUGUGCCAAAUGUCAUCCCAGGGUCCCCCUUGGCCCUGGUCUCCAAAGGGAUGGUCUCCCCAUCCCCGGCGACUUCCAUGAGGCCUCCAGUCUCAAACUCCUCUUCGUCGAUAGUUAGUAAUUAUAACGGUUCGAAGCUCCUCCGCCUGAGUCCCAAGCCCACGAACCCCGUUCCCAAGUCCCCCAUUCGUCGUCCCCGAGGAGACACGAAGAAAUGUCGGAAAGUGUACGGCAUGGAUCAAAAGGAGUCGUGGUGCACUCAAUGCAAGUGGAAGAAGGCUUGCUCCCGAUUCAGUGAGCUCUCUACUUGACCCUCACCCGUAUCGACAGGUCCAGGAGGUCGAUCUUUUUCAUCCCAAGGUUCCAAGCUGAAACGACCCUUUACCACUACUUCUAUUCUUGGAACUGCGCUGGCCAGUGUUGCUACUGAUCACGCGGAGAUUCCAUCUACCUCUUAAUAAAGAACAAACCCACUGACCUUUCUCAAAGUGCUGAGGAACACCUACCUACUAGUCUGAUCACGAAGCCCAAAGAUUGGUGGUUGCUCCGAGAUCGAACGACACAUAUUUGGUGAAUUUGUAGUCCAAAUUCAUUGGUUCUUCCCGUGAAGGUGACCCCAGACUGCUGCUCCACCUUCGCCAUCGUCUUCUUCUGAUCCAUGUUCUACUGGUCUGAAUCAACUUGAAGUCUUUCAUUUUCGAGUCAAGAACAUUUUUGUGUGUCUACUAAAGAGUCAACAACGACAUCAUAAUCAUCAUCGUUUCUCAAAAAAUCUGCGAUUCCUCUUUUUGAACGAACCGGCGACUAUUUUCACGUUCGAACGCUUCGAAGCCUACUUGUGUAUUUCAAGAGUCUGAACGCGGAGCCACAGAUCCACACCACCACAAAUGUCAACAACAGUAUGCCUUAAUGCCAAGAAUGAUGAGCUCCCACACCCAUUGCAAUACUUGAUCUAGAAUAUUCAACCAUCAUUGCAACACAGAUGCCUUGGAUGGAAGGAAAACUCCGCGGCGGCGGCGUAUGUUCUUGUUGCUCGUACUCCGUGAACUCGCUGAUCAGUCAGAGCAAUUCCUCCUCAUUCCUCAUUCCUGAUUCCUUAUUCCUCAGCCCUUGUCCUUUUUCCUCAAUUCACGGAGGACAACUUGUUUCUCCAUUUCUGGCUCCUUGUGCUCCUUGCUCCUUAUGAAAUAGUACAAAACCGCAGCAUGGCCUCAAAUACUCAAUCCUUCAUUUAAGAAAAUAAAAACACCCCCAAUUAUUGACUUGGUUGAAUUUGCUGAUUGGAUGACGAAAUAAACUUCAGACAUUUCGAAACUAUACUGACCUGUUUUGACAAGGAUUAGAGUAAGGCCAUGCUCAUCCCAUGCUCCUAAUCAUCAUCAUCAUCAUCAUCAUCAUCAUAAUCUUUACUAUUAUCAUUGCGACAAUUAUACAUGUUAUCCUGUACAUAAGAUUCAUGCAGACAUAUCCUGUACACACACAUAUAUAUAUAUAUAUAUAUAUAUAUGAAACAUAACCACGAUGUUCAUUUUGGGAUUGAUACGUUGAUCUCCCGCCUCCUCCUUCCUCCCUCCUUUCCCACGAAUGAUUUUGUUUCUCGUUCCUAUUUUCCAAUGAGUUCAACUUGAAGCAUUCGAAAUUUCAAAAUUGUCUCGAACAAACAAACUACAGAGAGAACAGACUAUUGAAAACAACUCUAUAUAAAGAAAUAUCAAAAGCAUAGUGUCUAUGAGUGUUGUUACACAGAAAUGUAAAGGCAAACAUAUAUAAUCAAACUGGAGAGAAAAAAAAAUCAUGACGUGAAGCAAUCGAGAAGUACUCUUGACAAGUGGCGAUCAUUAUAUUCCCUCUUCAGCGACUUUGUUAAUUCCAAAAUUAAUCUUAAGAUAAUUGGCUUGAUAGUUUACUAUACAUUGGCUAAUCACCAGCAAUUUUCGACCUCUUUCUCUCCCUACCUAUCACUCUCUCUAUCUACUGUCUCUCGUCUUAAAACCCAUUGGAAAUUUGUUUCUUUCCUCGUCUCCCUUGUCUUCUUCUUCUUUUUCAAUGUGUUUUCUUCUCGCGAUGUUUUAUUCUCGUAUGAAAGAUUUAUCUGAAUGAAUCCAAUGACGGAAAUAUGUCAAUAAACAAGCUACGCAUUCUUGGUCGAACUCUAAA